AUGACGGUCUAUCGGAGAGCUGCUGAUGAAAAAGCGUGAUGUCAAGCCACUGUCAGUGUCAGAGGACUGGGGGAAUGUGCCGUGCACUUGGCAUAUGCGCUUGUGAAUGACCAUCCUCCGGCAUCGACAGAUGAAGCGUUGAAUUUUGCUGCAUAGAUCAGUUACCCGAAGCCGCGAGGCGACCGUUCAUUCAUCGUCUUGCAUACAAGAAAUCGAGGAAUUGUGAGAGAAUUUUUUUUUUUUUGAAGGUGCUCUCUUUGAGGCGGAUCUAUGUGGAUCUAUCUGUCAAAACUGAGCUGAACGCAGAGACAGCUUUUAACUGAACAUUAGCUACCAUCCUCAGCUUUCUUCUGGAUUGCAGAAACAUGCGGAGACGCUGGUGAGGAGCUGCACCAUAGAGUUAGCCUUUGGAUUACGAGGACGAAGAUUGAGCCUUCUGAUACUUCUUUAAACUCUUAAUUUUCUAACCUGUUGGGUCCCUCGGACCAUGGAGGGACAGCAGGAUUCAAAGAGGACUUUGAAACAAAGCCCUGGACAUGGUUCCAAAUUGUCCUUUACAUGCUGGUUGUUAGUCUUAAUCUUGCCUGGAGUGUGUUGUGAACAGUCCUUUACAACGUUUCACCCUGAGCGACGAGAAUGGGCCUUCAAUCACAUGACAGUUCACAAGACGACAGGAGCACUCUACAUUGGUGCUGUCAACCGUGUCUACAAGUUAUCGGGAAACCUGACAUUAUUAGUAUCCCAUGAUACUGGUCCAGAAGAUGACAACAAGGCCUGCUACCCUCCACUUAUCGUUCAGCCUUGCUCUGAACCAUUGGUUUCUACCAACAACAUCAACAAACUUUUACUUAUCGACUACUCUCAGAACCGACUACUUGCCUGCGGAAGCCUCUACCAAGGUGUCUGCAAACUGCUACGGUUGGAUGACCUCUUCAUUCUGGUGGAGCCGUCUCACAAAAAAGAGCACUACCUCUCCAGUGUCAACCAGAUGGGCACUAUGUAUGGAGUCAUUGUGCCCUCACAGGGUAAGGAUGGGACCCUCUUCAUUGGUACAGCUGUGGAUGGGAAGCAAGACUACUUUCCAACCAUCUCUAGCCGGAAGCUUCCUCGUGAUCCGGAGUCUUCAGCUAUGCUGGACUAUGAGCUACACACUGACUUUGUUUCAUCUCUCAUCAAGAUUCCCUCCGACACCCUGGCAUUGGUCUCUCAUUUCGACAUCUACUACAUCUAUGGCUUUGCCAGCGGCAAUUUCGUCUACUUUCUGACCGUGCAACCGGAGACGCCCGAGAACAGCUUGUCUUCCAGCGGGCCCUCAAACGACCUGUUUUACACCUCUCGAAUCGUCCGACUCUGCAAAGAUGACCAUAAAUUCCACUCCUAUGUGUCAUUGCCUAUUGGUUGUGUCCGAAACAGAAUUGAGUACCGCCUUCUGCAGGCGGCCUACCUGGGCAAACCUGGACGAGUGCUUGCGGCAUCCCUCAACAUUAGCGCUCAAGAUGAUGUCCUCUUUGCUGUCUUUUCCAAAGGUCAAAAACAGUACCACCAUCCACCUGAUGACUCAGCCCUCUGUGUCUUCAGCAUUCGGGACAUCAAUGCACGGAUCAAGGAGCGAAUGCAGUCCUGCUAUCAGGGAGAGGGGAACUUGGAGCUCAACUGGCUGUUGGGAAAGGAUGUACCUUGUACCAAAGCGCCUGUCCCUAUUGAUGACUCCUUCUGCGGUUUGGACAUCAACCAGCCCCUUGGCGGCUCUCAGCUGGUGACCGGACACACACUUUAUACAGAAAGCCGUGAUCGCAUGACCUCGGUGACGUCCUACAUCUAUAAUGGCUACUGUGUGGCUUUUGUUGGCACCAAGAGUGGACGACUGAAAAAGAUUCGUGUUGAUGGUCCUCCUCAAGGUGGCGUCCAGUAUGAAACUCUGCCGGUCAUCAAAGAUGGAAGCUCUAUUCUUAGAGACAUGGCCUUUUCCCUGGACAACAGCUACAUCUACGUCAUGUCGGAGAGACAG